GAACCCCCAGUCUGCUUCACCACGCACUACAUAAACCACGCCGAGCGACAUCGAAUUCGCAAACUCACCACCAGCCUCCCGCGACCCAUCCCCUAUGAUCUUCUCAUCCCCCAUCCACGCAUUUGCCUGGUUGUCGUCAACGCUGGACAGUUCGCAGGUCCUAAACCUCCUCACCCAGCCGUUCGCCUCGGACAAUGACUUCCGCGCGAGCGACUUCGAUGUCGAUCCUAAAUCAGGCUUCUUUCCUCCGGCGCCACUGCCGAGGCUGCCAGCUGAGUUUUGCAUAUGGGAGACGGCGCUAGCGACUGCCCCGGGCGUACUCGCGCUUGGGAAGGACAGGAGCGAGGAGGCCUUGUCAAGGCGAUCUGACGGGGCCUGGUGGAGGUCAACAAUCCGCUCAUGGCCUGUCAAGGACGUUUCCAUUCUCCGGGAGGACAUACGUCUUCUCCAGAGAGCGCACAUGGUCCUGGCUAGUCUCAUGCACUACUAUGUGCAUUCGCUGCCACCCACCGAUACUGCGCUCAUCGUCCCGAAAUCCAUUGCGAUCCCUCUGGUCGAAGUGUCGCGGGUGUUGGGCAUCGCGCCUGUACUCACCUUCGCAGACACCGUCCUCUGGAACUGGGAGCUCGUCGACCCGGCCCUACCGGUUUCCGCAGACAACAUGCGCUACCUCACCACCUUCUCCGGAACAGACACCGAGCGUGGCUUCUACCUUGCUUCCGCCGCUGUCGAACUCAAGGGCGUUGAGAUGCUGGACAUCUUCAACCGCUUCCAGAGCCUUCCCCGCUCGAGCUACACGGACGCGCACGCGAUCGCGCAGCUGGCAAGGGACCUCAAUCAGCUGGCCAACGUCAUCGACGGGCUGACCGAGAUCUUCAAGUCCAUGCGCGAGACGGUCGACCCGCAUGACUUCUACUGGGUUGUGCGUCCGUGGUGGGCCGGCGCGACUUCGAAGGGGCCCAAUCACCCGGGCUGGGUCCUUGAAGGCGUGCCGAACGGCGACUCCGCGCACUUCGAUCUCGGCGGCGCCUCUGCUGGCCAGAGCAGCGUCAUGCACGCGCUGGACGUGUUCCUCGACAUCGACCAUCGGCUCGCGAGCCACCGCACGCCCGCGCCGACCGAGCGUAAUCGUCACGCCGACCUCGGUUUCAUGCAGCGGAUGUGGCGGUAUAUGCCGGGCAAGCACCGCGAAUACCUCACACGCCUCCGGAGCGUCCGUCCAGUCGCGGAGCGCACGCCGGGUCUGCGCGAGCCAUACAACGCCGCUGUCGCCGCGCUCAAGAAGCUGCGGGACUUCCAUAUCAGGAUCGUGGCCAUCUACGUGGUGACAAAGGCGGACAGCACACCGCCUGAGCGGUUCGCUCCGGAAGGUGGCGACGAUGCGGAGGGGACACAGAAAGACGGUCCGGCGAGGGGCACGGGUGGAAGCGAGGUCUCGAACCUCCUCAAGGCGGGCCGAGAUGCGACGAAUCGAGCACUCUUGCAAGAUUGAGACCAGAGAUGACAACUCUGCGAGUGGUGGGAGAAGUAGGCUGUCGCAUCGCUGUCUGCGAUACAAUGAUAUGUGACCUGCAUGAACUCCAGUCGGC